CAAACCAGCCUCCUCUAUGCCAUUUUCUGUUUGUUUGGAAAUUUGGCUGAAUUUAAUGAAGGGGCGGCAGGGUGGAUCAGCUGGUAAAGCGUUGGCUUCACAGUUCUGAGGUCCCGGGUUCAAUCCCGGACCCGUCUGUCUGGAGUUUGUAUGUUCUCCCCGUGCCGGGGAUUCCUCCGGGCACUCCGGAUUCCUCCCACGUUCCAAAAACAACAUUUAUUGGAUACUCUCAAUUGCCCCUAAGUGUGAUUGUGAGUGGGGCUGUUUGUCUAUAUGUGCCCUGCAAUUGGCUAGGAGCCAGUUUAGGGUGUACCCCGCCUCCUGCCCGUUGACAGCUGGGAUAGGCUCCAGCAUUCCCGCGAACCUCAUAAGGUUAAGCGGCUCAGAAAAUGGAUGGCUGGAUGGAUGGAUAUACUGGACGAUAUCUUCUUCUCCCCGAGACCCUCGUGAGGAUAAGCGGUGAAGAAAAUGGAUGGAUAAAUGGAUUAAUGAAGCAUAAAACUCAGCCAGUUUCAGGGAGUUGAACUUGUCCUUUAACACCAUGUCACAUUGGAGAUCACUUCCAACUACUGUGGCACUGUUUCUGGGUCAUGUGAGAAGGGACAUGACACCAGCUCAAGUGCCCUGUCAAUUUUUCCAAAAUCACAAAAGCUAUGGCAGAAUCCCUUGUGAAGGUCAUCCAGUGAUUCUCUAUAUUUUUUACACAUCACGGGGCCUCUUUUAAAGCCCAAGGGUUAUGCCUAUAAACAUUCUAAAAUAGAUAUUGUGAUGAAAAAUACAUGACAUUAUUCACUUCAAUGUCUAUAUGAAAAACUAAAUAUGAGCGGAGAGUGUGUCAUUCAUGCGCAAAGUUGCGGAAGUCUCAUUCGACAUUCAUGUGGUAGCCAUAUUGGCUGCAUGUUCUGUCCAUGACAUCACACUGGGACAUUCGCCAUUGAAAACACGCUGUGCCACGUAUUAUGGGAGACGAACACGCCCCUUCUGACAUGGAAGCUCUUUUCGAAGAAGAGAACAUCUCACAACUGAGUAAAGUGACCGGGGCAAUAUUACCCUAUCGUUUCGAGCCAUAUUUAGGUGAUAUGUGGAUCACGGCCAAACCGCAUGCGGGCAAACCACCUCCCCGCCCGAUCCACCUCCAUGGUGGUGAUGAACAACGGUGCCCCCGGCCAUGAGUGACAAUGACGCCGCCAAACCGCCUCCACGGUGGUGAUAAAAAGAAUGUCGCCUGCUUGGGCCCGUUUCUUCACUUCCUUUGUUCUUUUUGAACAAAGUUUGUUUGAUCUUUGUCCUUUGUUCUUGCUCUUAGGACAUAAAAUGCCUGCUAUCUCUAUCAUGCAUUCAGAGAAAGACCUGCUGAUUUUUGCUAGUUUGAAUGCCAGUAAAUAACUUGUCUUCGUGGUUGCUUCGUGAAUGGAAGAUGCUCGAAUAAAGGUGUUUUGCUUUGCCUGGAAGCUAGCGAACAACCUAUCAGCGGUAGCCAUAUGUUCUUGUGUGGAAAGGUUGCUGGCGUAAUCAGCAUGCUUUGUCAUGAUCCUGCCGCUUCAGCACGAGCUGUGUGGGUGUCCGCGCAGGUGCGGUGAUUGGAAGGUGCACACCUGCGCCUCAUGCAGCCUGAUUAUGCUGUGGAUUUAUAUGACCGCGAUGCCAACUGGCCGGCGGCAGUUCGUAUGAUCUUCAUGUCCCGUUCGUGUGCUCCGGUAUCCCUGAUCGAACCUGUGUGUACCGACCUUCGUCCGUUCUCCGACCAACCUUUUGCUGCAUUUGGGUCCUACUCUCGCUUCGAUGGGACGUGACAGAACGAACUGGUCAGUACAGGACCCAGAAGGAGAGACCCGCCGUCGCCGGGACCGACGCAAGGUAGACCGUCUGCCGGAGGACCAAGCCUGUCCGAUCCGGGUAGGCUCCCUGAUGUCCUCCGCUUCUGUGUCUUACGCUCCGCCAGCGAGGUAUGAAUACGUCCCGAACACGACCCGUCCGGUUCCUCAUAUUCUUCUGGACUCUGACUUUUCGGAGUAUGAGGAGGACCGUGAUUUGUAUGACCGGCUGCCGGAGUACGACUCCGAUUAUUCUGAUUAUGAAUCUGCUCGUCCGAUCUUUCAUCGCAGUCAGUUUGUUUCACCUCCCCGCGUUUCCAGCACCCGAACGUCUUCACCCGGUAGGUUUAAGUACACCAAUCCGUAUGAGGGAACCCGCUUGGCCAUCUACCCGGGACCUCCGCGUGGCGGCCAGAGGAGACGCCCCGGCCGGGCGCUCCCCGGUGCCUCUCGCUGCGCGGUAACUAAGACAUCGUCCUCCCACUCCUCGCCGGCAACGGCGAAACCGGCAGACCCGCAGCUGGUGGCGAAGCUUCCAGCCCAGAGGGAGGAGGAGUCUCCAAAUCAUGAGGUGAUCUACCGUGAAAUGCGAGCGGAGAUAGAGUGGGAGAGCGCGGAAUUGGCGGCUCUCGCGGCCCAGGUCCGACAAGGAUUGGCGAACCAGCCGAGCUACGCUGACGUCACAACUGCGACGGACUCGCUGCUGACGCAGGUUCACGUGGCAGUUGGAGAUACGCCCACAUGUAGGUUUCGACUGACUCUCUGCCUACUCUUGUUCUUGUUGCCGUGGAAACCGACCCGCCCCCUUGCCAAGUGCACGCCGCAGUGGGAACGGACUCGCCACCUCGCCAAGCGCACGUAGCUGUGGAAACCGACCCGCCCCCUUGCCAAGUGCACGUCGCAGUGGGUACGGACUCGCCACCUCGCCAAGCGCACGUAGCUGUGGAAACUGACCCGCCUCCUCGCCAUUCCCACGUCGAGGUUUUGGCUGUUCCGAGCAGAGUUCACGCGGCAGUCAGAACUGACCCGCUCCCGAGACACGCCCACGUGUCAGUUUCGACUGACUCUCUUCUCUGGCGACUCUCGUUCACGUUGCCCUGGGAACGGAUUCGCCACCGCGCCUCGCCCACGUUGCUGUUUCAACGAAUGCACGGCAAGCUCACGUGGCAGUGGGGACCGACCCGAUGCCGCCUCACGUUGCUGUCCAGGAGGUGGCGACGUUUCCACAGCCCCUUCUCGUCCGUGCCCUGGAGUACCAGUGGCGACCGGUCCGCGGUCACUCCCCGAUCUUGCUCUGGUGGCGACCGGUCCGCGGUCGUCCCCUGUUCUGACGGCGACGGGCAAGUCCAUAUGUUCCCGUCCAGGAGGUGGAGAGGGUGUCGCCGCCUUCUCACGUUGCUGUCCAGGAGGAGGCGAUGGCGAUGGGGUCGCCGCCUUCUCACGUUGCUGUCCAGGAGGAGGCGAUGGCGAUGGGGUCGCCGCCUUCUCACGUUGCUGUCCAGGAGGUGGCGAUGGCGAUGGGGUCGCUGCCUUCUCAGGUUGCUGUCCAGG